GUGUGAAACUCCUCGGGUGCUCAGGUCCUUGGGAAGCGCCCCCAGCUCUUCUUUUUCAAGUAAUUCAUUGAGCAGUUUAGCUGUGAGACUGGAGAGGAGCACGGGAGGCUGCGUGUGCCUGCUCUCCGCAUGACUUCAAUAACCUGUAACAAUUACCAAACCUAAUGAACGCCACGGAAAUGAGGCGGAAUGGGGCAGUAAAUUGGGCUUUUGGGGCGAUAAUUCGGGGUUUUGGGGCGAUAAUUCGGGGUUUUGGGGCGGUAAUUUGGGAGUUUUGGGGCAACGGUCUCCUCCCGCCGCCAGGGGGCGCUGUGGCACCGGGCUCCCCGCGGUGGCCCCGCCCCCUCCCGCGCGCACCAAUGGCGGCCGUCCCUCGCGGAGUUUUGUCCCCGCUGCCGCCCCGUAGCCCUGACACGUUUCCAUGGAGGAGCGGCGCGCGUGGCGCCGGGGGGGGCGGAGCCAAGGCCCGGCCUUAAAAGGGCCGCGCCCCUCACGGGGCUGAGCGGGAGCGGCGGCAGCGGCGGGUGAGAGACCGGGGAACCGGGGGGGAACGGGCAGGGGGACGGCUGUGCUGCCCUGCCCUGCUUCCUUCGGCACGGGCAGCCCGAGCCCCCGCGGCUGGCGGUACCCGGCGCUCUGGAGUCAUUCCGGUGCCCGGCUGCGUUCCGCCGCUCGGCCCCGGGACCCCUCCGCUCGCUGCCGGGCCUGUCCCCGCUCCCCGGCUGGAACCCGCGCUGGUUCUGCCUUCCCCGCCCUCUCCCCCCGGGCCCAGGCGCUGUUUCCCCCAGCCCCGGGAGGGCAGUGUCCCGGUUCGGCUCCUCCCGGGCCGGGGUCCCGCGGGUGCCGUGCCUGCCCAAAGCCCUUCCUGCGGAGGGGCCGGCCCGGGAGGGAACGGCUGCAGGGCAGAGCUGGUGCCCUGCAGAGACCGCCCCGGUUAAUUAAUUAAUUAAUUAGCUAAUUAACAGUGAGAACUGCUGCCCUGAGGGGCACAGGUGAGCCCAGGGCUGGGUUCACCAGGAAGAGCCCGGGCUCCGGGAUGUGCCACCUCCGUGUCCGGGAGGUGUGACCGGCCCUGCCCCGCCCGUCCCUCGGGCAGGACCGAGCCGAGCCGUGCCCAACCGAGCCGUGCCGGGUCGUGCCGUGCCCAACCAAGCCAUCUGGCGCUGUCCCCGCAGGGAGCCAUGGCAGAGACCAUCCUGGUGACGGGCGGCGCCGGCUACAUCGGCAGCCACUGCGUGCUGGAGCUGCUGCAGGCGGGCUACGUCCCCGUGGUCAUCGACAACUUCCACAACGCCAUCCGAGGCUCCGAGGCGCUCCCCGAGAGCCUCCGGCGGGUGCAGGAGAUCGCGCACCGGCCCGUGAUCUUCCAGGAGCUCGACAUCACGGACGAGGCGGCGCUCCAGGAGCUCUUCAGGAAGCACCGUUUCUCGGCCGUGAUGCACUUUGCGGGGCUCAAGGCCGUGGGGGAGUCGGUGCAGAAGCCUCUGGAAUAUUACAGAGUGAACCUCACCGGGACCAUCCGGCUGCUGGAGACCAUGAAGGCCCACGGCGUGAGGAACAUCGUGUUCAGCAGCUCCGCCACCGUCUACGGGGACCCCAAGUACCUCCCCCUGGACGAGAAGCACCCGGUCGGGGGCUGCACCAACCCCUACGGCAAAUCCAAGUUCUUCAUCGAGGAGAUGAUCCGGGAUCUCUGCAGAGCAGAGAGGGACUGGAACGCCGUCCUGCUGCGCUACUUCAACCCCAUCGGCGCCCACGAGUCGGGGAUGAUCGGGGAGGACCCUCAGGGCAUCCCCAACAACCUCAUGCCCUAUGUGGCUCAGGUGGCAGUGGGACGCCGCGAGUUCCUGAGCGUCUUUGGGAAUGACUACAAGACGGACGAUGGAACGGGAGUCAGGGAUUACAUCCACGUCGUGGACCUGGCCAAGGGCCACAUCGCUGCUCUGAAGAAGCUCAAGGAGAACUGUGGCUGCAAGAUCUACAACCUGGGCACAGGCACCGGCUACUCCGUGCUGCAGAUGGUCCGGGCCAUGGAGAAAGCCUCGGGGAGGGAGGUAAGGGCAGAGCUGCAGGCUCACAGGCACAGGGCAGCACUGCCCCCACAGGGCCCUGCUCCCCCCCAGCAGCCCUGGCCCCGUUUCCUCAACCCCCCCGGAGCCCCCCAGCCCUCGGUGCUGCUCUCCCUGCAGAUCAAGUACCGGAUCACGGCCCGGCGGGAGGGGGACGUGGCCUCCUGCUACGCUGACCCCACGCUGGCCGAGCGGGAGCUGGGCUGGAAGGCUGCCUUUGGCCUGGACAAGAUGUGUAAGGGCAUCCCCUCCCUGGCACGGUGGGCACUGCCAACCCCCUGCCCUCCCUCACCUCCCCUCUCCUGUUCCAGGUGAGGACCUGUGGCGGUGGCAGCUGCAGAACCCCACGGGCUUCAGCAAGAACUGAGCUGUGCCGAGGGCUGGCCGGGCCCAAGGCUGCUCUGAGCCAGCUCUGCCUCCUUCCCCGAGGGCUGUCACCAUCCUGGGAGGGCACUUCCAGCUCCCCCUCCUGCCUCUGGCACGGGGCAGGAAGGCUGGAGCAUCCUCAGCCUCUCCCCUCCUCAUCCUCAUCCCCCAGGUCUUUUCAUCUCACAGAGCAGAACCACAAUGAACAGAGAACAGAGCCAGGGCCUGGUUUGGCACCACGGGCGUGGAACGCCCCUGGGAAUGCCCAGGGGCUGCAGCCAGCCCUGGCUGGGAGCUCCUGAGCCCUCCCUGUGCCCUGGGCAUCCAGCACUGGGACAGCUGAGCCCAACCUGCAGCAGAGCCCCUGUUCCCUCCUGGCACAGGGGGACCCCAAGGCACCUCUGCCCCUCCCCUGGCACCAGGAACCUCCCACAGGGACCAGUCACAUUCCAAGGCUUCCUCCAACCCCCCUUUUCUCUACCCCCAGCAUGGUUUUGGGGACCAAAUCUCAUCUCCCCCUCUCCUGCUGAGCUGGAGAAGCCCCUGCCCAGGGCUGUGCCAGCCUGGCCUGGCUGCCCACAGCCCCCUGGGUGCCUGCUCUGGCCUCCUGUGGCAGCCACUCCCCAGAGCCCGUUGCCAAAGGCUGCCCAGGAGCCAGCUCUGCCCCGUCCCACACUGCUUCUAUUUAUUCCUGGCAGCUCCCAGGGCAGGGAUGACGCAGCCAGCCCCGUGUGCUGUCGGCUGGAUGAAUAACUUAUGCUCCUAAAUUAUGAAUGGAGCUUUUGAUUUGUUUUUAAAAUAAACUUUCCUACUUUCUAA